GCACUGCUGUCUCGUGUGAGUGGCACAUUUCGGGUUAACCUCCUACUGCAAGUUUACGUUAACCAGCAGCAGCAGCAGACAAGAGCAGCAAACAACGUAUGUACGUCUUUCGCGCCUCCAUCUAAAUAUGUAAAAGAAAAGUUCUUAACAUGUGUUUGUAAGCAACACGCGAGCUAUAAUAAUAUAAUAUCGAAAUACGAAUCGACUCGACAUUAUUGCCAUUUAAUAUCGUGUGUGUUUGAGCGUGCGCGGGCAAAACAAUUUGCAAGAACAACAACAACGACAACAGCGAGAAAUCUAGGAAGUGAUUUACCGCGUGGUCAGCUGUCUUACGAGAAUAUUAACAAAAUGAAAUACAUUUUGGUCACCGGAGGUGUUAUAAGUGGCGUUGGCAAAGGUGUCAUCGCCUCAUCGUUCGGCACAUUGCUCAAGUCCUGCGGCUUGGAUGUUACUUCAAUUAAAAUAGAUCCCUACAUUAAUAUCGAUGCUGGCACAUUUUCACCAUAUGAGCAUGGUGAGGUUUACGUGCUUGACGACGGAGCUGAGGUUGAUCUGGAUCUGGGCAAUUACGAGCGCUUCCUUGACGUUACUCUGCAUCGGGACAACAACAUAACCACCGGCAAAAUUUACAAACUUGUCAUCGAGAAGGAGCGUAGAGGCGACUAUCUAGGCAAGACCGUCCAGGUUGUGCCACAUAUUACGGAUGCCAUACAGGAAUGGGUGGAGUGCGUCGCUCAAACGCCUGUCCAGGGAUCUUCAAAGCCGCAGGUAUGCAUCAUUGAACUUGGCGGAACUAUUGGAGACAUUGAGGGUAUGCCCUUCGUGGAAGCCUUUAGGCAGUUCCAGUUCCGCGUUAAGCGUGAGAACUUCUGCUUGGCCCACGUGUCGCUGGUGCCGCUGCCAAAGGCCACAGGGGAACCAAAGACAAAACCCACACAGAGCUCAGUGAGGGAAUUGCGUGGCUGUGGCCUCAGCCCGGAUCUGAUUGUGUGCCGCUCGGAGAAACCGAUUGGUCUGGAGGUUAAGGAAAAGAUUAGUAAUUUCUGCCAUGUCGAUCCGGAUCAAGUUAUAUGCAUACACGAUCUAAGCUCCAUCUACCACGUGCCGCUGCUAAUGGAGCAGAAUGGCGUCAUUGAAUUUCUGAAUGAGCGUCUCCAGCUGAACAUUGACAUGAGCAAGCGGGCCAAGUGCCUGCAACAUUGGCGGGAUCUGGCUCGCCGGACGGAGACUGUGCGUCGAGAGGUCAACAUUGCUAUAGUGGGAAAGUACACCAAGUUUACGGACUCAUAUGCAUCUGUGGUGAAGGCCGUGCAACAUGCCGCGCUGGCCGUAAACCGAAAGCCCAACUUAAUUUUUAUCGAGUCGUGCCUGCUGGAACAGGAGACACAGCAGAAGGAGCCUUCUAAGUACCACAAGGAGUGGCAGAAGCUGUGCGAAAGCGAUGGCAUUCUCGUGCCCGGAGGCUUCGGAGCACGUGGAAUGGAAGGCAAAAUCCGUGCUUGUCAGUGGGCGCGCGAGAACCGCAAACCCUUCCUGGGAAUUUGUCUUGGACUUCAAGCGGCGGUCAUAGAGUUUGCACGAAACGUUUUGGGCCUUCAGGAUGCCAAUAGCACUGAGAUAAAAUCGGACACGGAUAAUCCAUUGGUCAUCGACAUGCCGGAGCACCAUAAAGGCCAGAUGGGAGGCACAAUGCGGUUGGGCAAGCGCACCACAGUCUUUGCCGAUAAGCCGAGCACCAUUCGACAGCUCUACGGUAAUCCCAAGACAGUUGACGAGCGACAUAGACAUCGAUAUGAGGUGAAUCCCAAGUAUGUGCAGCAGCUGGAGCAGCACGGCAUGAAUUUUGUGGGCACUGAUGUCGAUCAGAAGCGCAUGGAAGUCAUUGAACUGCCGAGUCAUCCGUACUUUGUAGCUACCCAAUACCAUCCGGAGUACUUGUCGCGUCCCCUGAAGCCCUCUCCGCCCUUCUUGGGUCUCAUUUUAGCCUCUGAGGGCCGACUUCAAUCCUACAUAGAUCGAGGUUGCCGUCUAUCGCCCCGUCAACUGUCGGAUGCCUCUUCGGAUGAGGAUGAAACUGUCAAUGGCUUGCAACGCAUAACAAACAAAUUUGACGCCCUCAAACUUCCAGGCUCUGUGGAUAACAAAAUCAAGGAAAACGGAUCGCACCCGAGUAAGCCACUUAUCAAUGCAAACGGUUGCGCUGGCAGCGACAAUACUUCGGACAAUGAGUUCGCUUGCGCCGAAGAGGGUGGAGCCUGCGGCGGAGCUAUCAUCGAUGCUAGCGUUUAAUAUAAUCCAGAAAAUACAAGCAGUCUAAUAUUUCUUUCCUAUUAUGCGUAAACGUCAACGAGAUGACGUGCGAUUUCUUUAGCAUCCAGCGUCUUUCGAAAGUUCAACUUAAUUACUAGUUUCUAAUCUCGACAAAUGUUAUUUAUCUCAACAAAUAUAGAUAAGUAAUGUAUGAAUAUUAAAGAAAUAUUUGUUAUUCAAUUACAAAGCUAAUUCACAUAAAUAUAUAUUUUUAGAUAAAAUA